AAUGGAACUAAGGAUGGACUGGAAAAGACCAAAAUAGCCAUGCUGCGCAAAGUCUCCUUCCUGAAUAAAAAAGAUACCACAGUGGACACGGAGGAUGAUGCUGGGUAUCUGGAUGUGACCGUGUCUGAAAUGAAACACCCGCCUCCUCAGCUGGCCCCCAUGCCAGAAGGCCUUACCAGCCAGCAGAUCGUCAGACGCCACAUUCUUGGCUCCAUCAUCCAAAGUGAACAAAGCUACCUGGACUCUCUCAAGAGAAUACUACAGGAAUACCAGAGGCCUUUACUGGAGGCAGAGCCACGUAUCCUCAGUCCAAAGAAGAUCCAACCCAUUUUCUUCCGGCUCAGAGAGAUCCUGCAGUGUCACACCAUGUUCCAGAUUGCCCUAGCCUCCAGGGUAGCCGAGUGGGAUCUCACUGAAAAAAUCGGAGACCUUUUUGUAGCCUCAGACAUGUUGAAGAACACUCCUAAAGGGCAUCAAGACCGCCUGCCCCUGCAGCUGGCCCUCACUGAGCUGGAGAUACUGGCAGAGAAACUCAACGAGCAGAAGCGGAUGGCCGACCAACUCGCCGAGAUGCAGCAGCUGUCUCGCAGCGUCAGCGACCGUAAUCUGAGCAAGCAACUGAGCACAGAUCAGAAGCAGCUGAUUCUGUGUGAGACCUUGAUUGAAACAGUUUAUGGAGAGAAGGGCCAGGUCCUCAAGUCUAAAGAGCGUAAAGUUUUCCUCCUCAAUGACUCUCUCAUCUGUGCAAACAUCAAUGUCAAGGGCCCUCCAGAUAUCGGCAGCCUCGUUCCCAUUGGCCCAAAGUACGCUAUGAAGUGGAGCGCUCCCUUGAUGCAGGUCCAAGUGGUGGAAGUGGGGCAGGAGAACUCUCAAAGCAAAGAGAACAUCUACCAGCCGAGUGGAACCAAGCGUCUUAGCUCUGCCAACUCACAAGGAAAGCUGAUUCUGGGACCACCCAGGCUGCACCAGGAGCUGCAGGAGCUUCAGCAUGACCUGUCUAUAGUUGAGGAGGUCACGCUGCUGGUGGGCACACUGCAGGGGUCAUACCAGAAUCUCAACACUACAGUGGGGCAGGACUGGUGCCUGGCCCUUCAGAGACUCAUUCGCAUCAAAGAGGACGAGAUCCAGUGUGCCAACAAGUGCCGCCUUAGGCUGAUGGUUCCUGGCAAGCCAGACAAGUCAGGACGUCCAGUCAGUUUCACAGUGGUGUUCAGUACUCCCAGUCCUCUGAGCAAGAUUUCUUGGGUCAAUCGCUUGCAUCUGGCUAAGAUUGCACAGAGGGAGGAGAACCUGCCUGGCUGGGUGUGUGCAGAGGAGGAUGAGAAGACUAAGCCCCCAUUCUGGUGCCCCUUGCUGGCCUGCCGUGUGCCUGUGUUCUCUCCAAAAGCACAGGAUCAGAAGUUGCAGGCAGCUCUCCAUAAUCCAGUGCAGUGUACCCUUCUUGGAUUCUCUGCAGCUAGCACCUCCCUGCCUCAGGGUUACCUGUGGGUGGCCAGUGGGGGAGGUGAUGCCCAUGGCCAAGUAGAGAUCUUUUCUCUGAACAGGCCCACUCCACGCUCUGUAAAGAGCUUCCAGGUUGGGGCUCCAGUACUGUGUCUGGAGUACGUGACAGAACCGAACGCCAACGUGGAAGGAGUUGGUGAGGUCACCGGUGCACCUGCCAGAAUUGGAAAUACCAUCUGUGUUGGCUUACAAGAUGGCAACAUCCUGGUUUAUGGUAGUGUGGACACUGCCACCCAGUGCAUGCAGACCUUCCAGAACCCUGAUGGUUCUCCAGUUCUGUGCCUAAGACAUUCAGCCAACCUCCUUUUUGCUGGGCUGAGGAAUGGAAAAAUGAUGGUUUAUGGCAGGAGAAAUGGUGAGGGGCUUUGGGAUCCAGACACUUGCCGUCAGGUGGAUGUGGGCUCUGGGCCUGUUCUCAAACUUAUCACAGUAGAAGAGUGUGUCUGGGCCUGCUGCUUAAACCAGGUCACCGUUAUUGACAGCUCCACCCUCAGCACGCAGCGUUUCGAGGCUCACCCAGACCCCAUGAUUAGUGUUACACACAUGGUUCAGGUGGGUGGUGGGGUGUGGAUGGCAUUUUCAGAGGGGUCAUCCAUUCGCUUGUUUCACACAGAGACACUAGAGCACCUGCAGGAAAUCAACAUCUCAACACGCUCUGACUAUCUGAGCCCAGGUCAGAGGACGAUGUGUGUCACCAGCUUGCUCAUCUUCCAGGGGCUACUUUGGGUUGGGACUGCUCAGGGCAUCAUCGUCACCCUGCCGGUGCCCAAGCUGGAGGGCAUCCCCAAAAUAACAGGCAAAGCAAUGACCUCCCUAAAUGCACACUGUGGCCCUGUAGACUUUUUGGUGGCCACAUCAAGCACUUUGUCUCCAGAUAUGCUGAAGCGUGAUUCUACAUUAGACAGCGCUGACUCAGCCAGUGGAGGAGAAGAACUAACUGACUUAUCUCAGGAAUCCAUUCAGCAACCAGAAAGCUCACCUCAAAGAGAGGCCAAACCCAAGGGCGUGCUCUUACAGUACCGUCUACGCUCCACCUCCCAGCUCCCUGGUAAGCUGCUGACAGCUCAACCUGAAGAGGCCAGUAACUCCUCACAGGAGUCUCUGGAACAUUCUCCAGAGGAUGGGUCUAUCUAUGAGCUCAGUGAUGAUCCAGAGGUGUGGGUCAGGGCGAUACCCUGCGCCAAAGAAGGGAUACGGAAGGAGAGGGUAACCUCAGCUGCAGUCAUCUCCGGGGGCAGGGGUUUCCGCAGACUGACGGUAGCUGGCUCCUCAGCCAGUUCCUCUGCAUUAAACGAAACUACUUUAAUGGUAUGGCAACUCCCACUCACAGUGUGA